AUGACACAAGCGCUGACCCUCACACUACAGCACCCUUUUAAUGAUCAACCCCGUCUUAACCUCCCCAUCGCUUCAUCUCCAACUGUUGUGGGUCUCUUCCUUCGACUCGCUUUAGCUCUUCGUCUUGUGCUGUGCAGCAGUCGCCUUCUUCAAGACGUCGUCUGUGUUCAUAGCCUCGGGGAGAAUCACGUAGCGGAUUGUGUUUCCUCGCAACAUGUAGGUCUCCGCCUGCACCGGAUUUUUCCCCUUUGCAGUAAUCUUCACAUGACGCAUGUGAGUGUUCAUGCUUGGUUCCACAAAUGUAAUCUCGCCAGAGACGAUAGAGGAGUCCAGCAGCUCAAUCUCCACAAGCGUUCCGCGGAGCUGUUGGAGAAAGCCGAUGAGCGUUGA